AUGGAGAAAGGUGAAGAAAGGGGUGCAGAAGAGGAGAAGAAAAAGUGGAAUUGUCAUAGAACAAUACAUACCAAUGCAUAUAAGUACCAGAUGAAGGGGAAAACAAAACAAUCGUCAAUAUUUAACAUGAGCAUGUUAAGAAACUCUAACAAAAGUGGGAAAUUUCAUAGGACACCUGGGAAAAGACAAUGGCAGCAAGCAUCUAAUGGAGGAAGAAGAAAAGGUAAAGAAAGUUUCUCUUAUAGAAGUAGAUCAAUAGUGGAUGUGGGUAAUUUGACGAAUGAUUCCUAUCACAUGGACAACGACAUACAGUACUACUAUAACAAUGAUAGCUCAGCUCCCAGUGAUGGAGAAGAACGAAAGAAAGAUAAUGCAAAUUUAUUUGAAAAAUCAAAUAUAAAUGAUAAUUGCGAAAAGGAUGGGUCUCGCAUUAUUAAGGAUUAUAAUAUAAAUAUUGAUUACGUGGAAUACAUGAAUAAUAUUAAAAAUAAUGAAAAAUCAAAUUUGACAGAAGAAAAAUUGGAAAAUUCUGACGAAAGAGACAAGAUGAAUAAUAUAAUGAAUGAUAAGCAACAACAUGGAGUUUACAGAAUAUUUCUUUUAUUUUCUCCUCUUGCUAUUACAAGCAUAAGAAACAGAAGUUGCAUAAUUAAUGCAGAUGAUCAUAUGACAUUUCUGGAAAACAAAUUGAAAAAUACGGAAAGUUCAUUAAAAGGUGCAAAAAAUAAUAAGGAAAAAAUGUUUCUUAAAACAAAAAUAGACGAAAUAAAAAACAAACUGCUUAAUGUAAGGCUGGAUAUCUUAUUUUUUACUUUGCUAAGUUUAAGAGAUAGUAUAAUAAAUAAAAAGCACAGAUUGCAAAUUUAUAUUCACACACUUAAUGGAUUAUUAAUUUAUGUGUCUCCGUUGUUUCGCGUUCCUCGAAAUUUUUCUCUAUUUAAAAAGGUUAUGUUAAAUUUGAUGAAACAGUCUGUCUUACUUGACCAAGACAAACAGCCCCUCUUAAAAAUUCUCCCGCACCCGAUAAAGUUCUACUUGGGCUCCUCCGUAUGUAUUGGAAUUUCGAAUCAGGGAUUUCCCACUGAUGUUAGGAAGUUAUCCGAGAAGAUAAGGGAGACAAAGCAAGAAUAUUCAUUUUUUCUUUCGCUCUCUAACGUAUUCAGAUUAACACAUUUCAUUGAAAUAAUUUCGAAGAAUGAAUCAGAGUUCUUUCCUUUUGAUUAUGUCAUUCGAUUAUCAGAUCUCCCCUUAUCAACAGUUGCCAUAUGUAACAAAUUAACUCAUUUUUUAAAUGAUUAA